AUGAGUCUCAUGAUACGUCAGUUGCUUCGUCGCCUCGUAUUCCGAAGGACCGAGCAGAACCCAAGAUGCGCGAUCCUUCAGCUCCCCAUCGAGAUGAUUCUGCUCAUCUCUGAGUACCUCUCUGAAUACGAACGCAUCAUCCUUGUACAGACCUGCUCUUCGCUGCGGAUCAUUUUCAUCGACAACUACAAAGGAUGUGAGAAUAGCCGGCACCCUCUCUCAUCCGGUCAGCUCGACAUUGAUCAGCGCUCACGAUUCAUUCAUACCUUGGCCUACCGUCAACCCAAACUCUUGGCCUGCUAUUGGUGUUUGAACAUCCAUACCAUUGACAAGGAUGAUAUUCCAUCAUCCCAGCGCAAGUUCCACUGCCGUCACAAGCCAGAGCCCCCGUCGGACUACUUUUACUGGAAAUCCAUCAAAGACGUAUCUCCAAAGACUAUGGGAUGGCUUCAUACCAGGGCUCGAAUGCUCCAGACGCCCCGUGGAGGCCUUGAGCUCGCGAUACAUGCUGCUUUCAGGACCGGACAACGCAAAACUGGCUCUUGCUCCUACUGCGAGACGGACUUCGUGGUUGAGGCCUCCUCCGAGCGAACUGUCGUUCACGCAUGGCAACACCUUGGGGCCGAGGUCCCCUUGCUUGACAACGAGUCAUGGAAAUGGAUGACGCUACAUGUACGAGAAUCCCUCGACUUUUAUACUCAGCCUAUAAUUUUCGCCUCAAAGUUGGAACUAGCAAGUGUUGAAGCCUUUGACAUGAAGUAUUAUAGUACCGGCAAUGGUUUCCUGCACAGAAGUCGACGCCCAGAGAACGCAAAGGAAGUUGUGGACGUGCCACAUACUAGUACCUAG